UUAGCCCAUAGCCUGAAAGAAUCACGCUGACCAGAGAUAUCAUGAGCUAUCACUUUGUUAUAGGGUUGCACACAGAAAAACAGCAGCCAGUUGCAGCGUUUUAUUCUAUGCGCGGAUCACAAUGUGACCUGCUGUCCAGAGACAGAAAAGGCUGGAAAGGACAAAGCACACAGCAAGGUAACUUCAGCGUGCCAGUGAUGAUGACGGCUGAAGAGCUGGCUUGUGGUCUGCCCUGAAGCUCCUGACAACAAUAACAGUGCCUGAGUAAGAAAAAGAUGAUCAGCACACAUCACUGGCACACCUCUUCAAUCUAGAUUUACCAUUCAACACAAUCAUCGGACAGCCAUCUCUAACUGCAUGGAUGAAGAAAAUUCUGCUUGCUCCUGGGCCUCCUAAUGGACUCCUAAUGCAAAAAUAGGAAAGAAAAAGCAUGAUCGUCCAUUCAGCUUUGCAGUUUUUAUAAUUGGCUACAUUUUGUAUCUAGAAGAUUAAAAAAUGGGUCUUCAUGCAAGAUCUUCCGGUGACAUUCUUACAAGCUGCUGCGUAGGGAAGACUUUGUCUCAACACAGCCACAAACAUCCAUUUGUUCAUAAGAAACUAAGACUUAUUCGAAUACUGGGUCUUUUCCUAAGCAUAACAGCCAUAAGCACUUUGUCCUCCGCAGUCGGUGCCUUUUUAAAGAGAGAACUUUACAACAGUGAUGUGUCCAGUGCUACAAGCAGCCAUACUCUACUGCAGCGGCAUCAACGAAAUCUGAUGGACUUUGCAGAACAAAAUCAGAAUGAUACCCCUGGCUCUACUAUAUCUAUGAACUACAAGGCAGGGGAAAAUAAAUCUCUUUCCAAAGGUGAAUAUCCAGAAGACAUUUUUUCAUUGGAAGACAGAAAGAGAGGUGCUGUUGUACUCCAUAUAUUUGGGAUGAUAUACAUGUUCAUAGCAUUAGCUGUAGUUUGUGAUGAAUUUUUCGUUCCUUCGUUGACAGUUAUCACCGAAAAACUGAUGAUUUCUGACGAUGUGGCAGGGGCAACAUUUAUGGCUGCUGGGGGAUCUGCACCAGAACUGUUUACAUCGUUAAUAGGAGUAUUUAUAUCACAUAGCAAUGUUGGUAUUGGAACCAUUGUUGGAUCAGCAGUAUUCAAUAUCCUGUUCGUGAUUGGGAUGUGUGCUUUGUUUUCUAAGGAGGUAUUAAACCUAACCUGGUGGCCACUGUUUCGAGAUGUGACAUUUUACAUCCUGGGAUUGAUUAUGCUCAUAACCUUUUUCUUGGACAAUAUGAUCAACUGGUGGGAAAGCCUUUCACUGCUUUCGGCAUAUUUAACGUAUGUGACCUUCAUGAAGUACAAUGUCCAGAUGGAGAGCUGGGUGAAGGGGAAGCUGAACAGGAACAAGGUUGUUAAGGUAUCAUCAGCCAAUUCUGAUGGACAGGAACACAGAGAGCAGCCAAACAUCCUAGUUCUUCAAGAAGAGUCAAGUACUCCACAAGAGCAUGAAGGAGUAGCCAUGAAUAUUCGACAUGGAGAUGUAAAUGAAACUGCAGGGUUAAAAGAGACAUGGACUGAGGCGGCUACAUCCCCUACUAAGACAAAACCAAGGCUACAGCGAGGUGGCAGCUCCGCAUCACUGCAUAACAGCCUAAUGAGAAAUAGCAUCUUUCAGCUAAUGAUCCACACACUUGAUCCUCUGUCUGAAGAAAUUGGAUCAUAUGGGAAACUAAAAUAUUAUGACACUAUGACUGAAGAAGGGAAAUUAGAGUCUUGCUCCUCGCUCAAGAUCAGAACAGAAAGAGCGGGAAACCCACAAAUAAUGGCCAUGGAAGGAAAGUUCAAAGAGAAGGCUUCAAUCCUUAAUAAAAUGGCAAAAAAGAAGUGCCAGGUAGAUGACAGUGAAAGACUUAAUGGAGCUGCCAACUGUAUAGACAAAGUUGAGCUUCCAAACAGUGCUAAUGUUGAAGUGGAAGUGACACCACCUAAGGAAUCUACUGACCCAGUUCAAAAUGGAAAUGUGACUCACAACAUUGAAGCUGCAGAAACGCAGGCCUCAGGUGCAGAUAUGGCUGAUGAUGGUGACCAUCCACUAAGUCUAGCAUGGCCAGCCAACAAGCGUAAGCAAGCUGUGUAUCUUGCUGUGCUGCCAAUUAUUUUCCCUUUAUGGAUCACAUUACCUGAUGUCCGCAAUAUAUCAUCAAGAAAGUUUUUCCCUGUAACAUUUUUUGGAUCAAUCGCCUGGAUUGCAAUAUUUUCUUAUUUGAUGGUCUGGUGGGCACAUCAGGUUGGAGAGACUAUUGGCAUUACCGAAGAAGUAAUGGGGCUUACUAUAUUAGCUGCUGGCACCUCUAUCCCAGAUCUUAUAACCAGCGUUAUUGUUGCACGCAAAGGCCUAGGAGAUAUGGCCGUUUCCAGCUCUGUAGGAAGCAACAUAUUUGAUAUCACUGUUGGCCUCCCCAUGCCCUGGCUUCUGUUUUCCAUUUCUCACCGCAUGAAACCAGUAGCAGUGAGCAGCAAUGGCUUGUUCUGUGCAAUUAUCCUUCUCUUUAUAAUGCUGCUAUUCGUCAUCCUAUCCAUUGCUUUGUGUAAGUGGAAGAUGAACAAGAUUUUGGGAUGUACGAUGUUUGGACUGUACCUUGUUUUCUUGGUCGUCAGCGUUCUUCUAGAGAAUCGCAUCAUCUUAUGUCCAGCUACUGUCUAGGCUAAAAAGCUGAAGAAUUGUGGAGCAGAUGUUCUUGAACAUAAGGGCAGUAAGCUUGGCUUUGCCCUCAGAAGGCCAAAAGCAUUGCCAGCGUGCAACCUUGAAAUACUGUCGGAGGACAUAUGAUCAGUGGAUCAGUCCUGGAGAAUCUAGAAGCUAUACAAACUUUUACUGUACAUUUCUAGUGCACGUUGUAUUCCUCUAUUACUCUCUUUACAUAUGAUAUAUACUUUAAUAUACAGGGUAUAAUAAAGAGGAGUGAUGUUAGUUAAAAACAAAAUCUCUAGAAUUUAAUAUCAGCUACUUAUUGGAAAUCAUAGAUGUCCAGUAGCCGUGAAUAGAUUGAGCGUAUCAAUUCCUCACCAUGGAUGUAUUUCAACACUUCUUUGCCUGUAGUGUAGCCUGGAAGGAGUGUUGCAUAAAAAAAAAAAGAUAUUUAACUCCACUCUGUAGUAUAGGAACCACUUGUUCAAUAAGUAUAAUGAAAAUGUGGCAAAGUGGGAUCUGGGUAUGAAGUGUAAAUGGGAGAUUUAGAUUUGCUACCUACUGUAUACUAUAUUUUGUCUUUAUUAAAAGUUAUCAAUGGCAGUAUUGCACACUUCACAUAGAAUAACAGAAUGGGUUUGAUAUAUGCUAGCCCAGAAAAGCUUACAACAUAUUUUGGUUAUAAAAAAAGAGGCGUAUGGUCAGGAACUUAGGUAACAGGGUCUUGUGAUUUCAGGUCCAAGGUUGAAAUAACAGUUUAUAAUCCUGUUUUAAUUGCAAGGCUGAAUACCAUCUAAUAAAAAUAAGAAACCAUUUUCAUGGCUUAAAUAUUA